UUCCACAAAACCUUAACUGGGCCACCAUAUGUUACACCCUCCACAUUAAAUUCACCACCUCAGUGUACACUCACUUCUGCUUCUGCAUCAUAUCAUCCAUUUCUCUGUGCUAAGUUUGCAUUCUUUUCAUUGCUAUUUAAUGCAACCUCUUUGUGAGUUCGGGCUAAAAGCUAGAAACUAGAGCUAGUUUUCCUUUGUCCUCAUUAUCUCACCUUUUCUUUUCACAAAUAACAUAAAAACUGAUAUUGUUGUUGUGUCCAUUGGAUGUAUUAGUACUUUGAGACUAAAAAUUCAGAUAGGGAGAGAAAGAAAGAAAGAGAUGGGGCAUCACUCUUGCUGCAACAAGCAGAAGGUCAAAAGAGGGCUAUGGUCACCUGAAGAAGAUGAAAAACUCAUCAACUACAUCACAACUUAUGGACAUGGUUGCUGGAGCUCUGUCCCAAAACUUGCAGGCCUUCAGAGGUGUGGAAAGAGUUGCAGAUUAAGAUGGAUAAAUUAUCUAAGACCUGAUUUGAAACGUGGAAGUUUCUCUCCUGAAGAAGCAGCCCUCAUUAUUGAACUCCACAGCAUUUUAGGGAACAGGUGGGCUCAGAUAGCCAAGCACCUACCUGGAAGAACAGAUAAUGAGGUGAAAAACUUUUGGAAUUCAAGCAUAAAGAAGAAACUGCUUUCUCAUGAUGUUAUUCCUUCUUUAGCCACAUUUUCUGAUUUUCACAGCCCCGGCAAUAUUGGUUCCAUGGAAAGUUUAUUCCCUUUUACUGCAAACCCUAAUGUGAUCCUAAACUUUCAUCAUCACACAGACCAGCUCUACCUUCCCACCACACCAUCUUCAAUCCCACAAGGUUUUGAUCAUAUUAAUAAUGAUGUUAAGUUAGACAUUAACAAUUACAAUGCCAACAAUUUCCUUCAUAUUCAGAAUAUUCCAACACCAGAAAUAGUACUACCAUCUUCCAAUGAUCCAUCCUCUUAUAAUGACACAUGGUCAUUGGAUUGUGUGGCUCUGCAUCUCAAUCCAAAUCAAGAAAAUCAAAUUACCAAAAGUGAUGAUACCACUUUACAUUAUGUUGUUGACAAAUUCAUCAACCCCAUGGUAUUGCAGCAAUAUGAAGGUCCAUUAGUAGAACCAAUUGUCCCAAAAGUCAGUAAGAGCAUUGAGGAUUAUGUUUGUAGCAUCCCAUACUCAUCUACUUCCCAGGAACAACAUGAGGCUACUACAACAAAAUUUCAGUGUUAUCCAGAAGAUCUAACUGUGGCAGCAAAUCAAUUAGAGUACGUUGAUGCCUUCAUGUCAUCGUUGCCUUCUUCAACAACUUCAUCAUCAGCAUCAAGCAACCAAAUAGUUUCAAACCUUAUUAUUCCUUCAGGAUGGGAGCCUUGAAAGUUGGUACUAUUUAUCAAUAUAGAUAUAAAUUUAAUUUUAUCUAUUUAUAGUACAUUUGAUUUAACGGGGGGAAUCUCUUUAAUGAUCAAUGAGCUCAAUUAUUUCCAUGCAUUAAUUAUUUCUUGAACUUUUGCACAAAAGGUGUAGAUUUUUUCUUGUUGGUAAACCUGAACCUUGCUAGUUCAGGCGCACUUCUAUUAAGCGAUGCUUGCUGAAGUUCCAUAAAUAUGUCUAGGUUUUUUUCACAUAUUUGUCACCUAAUACUAUAUAUAUGAAUUAUUGAUGCAGAGCUACAUA